AUAAUAAUAAGAGUAAUAACAACAUGAAUGCAGCUUGUGAAAGACUAGAAUAUAAUAAUAUUGUAUAUAGGUACACUAUAAUUAUAAUAUUCAUUCGGUCGACGCUCCUCAACUCCGACGGUCGCAGCAAAAUGAAGUGGGCAGUCUUUGUGAUUGUAAUCAUCGGAGUUGUCAAUGCAGAUGUUAAAUCAGCCUUUCGGGACUCGAAAAUUGUUCCAGAUAUUAUUUUAAACGCACCAACGGAAGAAAUAGAAGUAAAAUAUGGCGACAAAGAAGUGAAAUUUGGAAAUGAAUUAAAGCCAACUAACACCAGAGAAAUUCCAGAAGUUCAUUACAAACAUGAGGGAGGUGUUUUAUACACUCUUGUUUUAACAGAUCCUGACAUCCCAGUGCGCGGAUAUAAUCGCGAGUGGCAGCACUGGCUGGUAGGAAACAUCCCCGAGGACAAGGUAGCCAAAGGCGAGGUCCUUACCGAGUACGUCGGCCCAGCGCCACCGAUGAAGUCCGGUAAGCAUCGGUACGUCUUCCUGCUCUACAAACAGAACCAAGGCGCGAUAACUUUCGACGAGCGCCGCAUUGGGAACCGCGACAAGCGUCGGAACCGAUUUUCCAUCAGGAAGUUCGCAGACAAAUACAAUCUCGAGGGACCUAUUGCCGGAAACUACUUUAUUGCUCAGUUCGAUGACGCCGUCCCUUUGAUCCACAAGCAGUUGAGCAUUUAGUAAUCAUUAAUUAAUCAAUUAAAUCAUAAGUUUAAAUCAACAUUGAGAAAUUGGUUUUAUUAUCGAUACAAAAUCAUUAAGACAAUUUACUUUUUUGGUAUUAUGGCAUUAUUCAUUAUUUAAAUACUUAAUAUUAUUAUUAUUAAAUACCUAUGUUCAUUCUUCGAUAAUAAUUAUUAUACUGAUUAAGAUUAAUUAAUAAAUUAGUUAUAAAUAUAUAUAAUAUAUAUAUUAUGUAUCACUUAUACGAUUUAUCACCAUACUAUUAAAUACAAUUAAAAUGUUACUUAAGAACCCUCGAGAAAAAAAUAUAUGUUGAUAAAAAAAUUGAUUUUUUGGAUUAAAUAUUGGAGAUAUGAAAAUAUUAGAAGUUGAACAUUUUUUAUAGGAAAUUUAAUUCUUUAGAAAAAAGAUUCUUUUCAUUUUUUUCGUAUUUUAUUUUUUUUUGUCAGAAUUUGAAUUAGAAGUUCUGAGAAAAAUUUUUGAAGAAAUCUAACGCAAAGUUUAUUUGUUUAAGUUUAGAAUCAAAAUUUUAGGUUGGAUUUAGAAAAUACAAGAAAAUUAUAUAAGACAAUUUGUACGGGAAAUUUAAUUUUCUACAGAGAAAUGUCUAGUUAAAUUUUCCGUAUUUUUAAACGUUUUGCCAAAUUUUUGAUUUAAAGUCUUGAUAGUCUAUAGUUGGACUAAAAGUCCUUAAAAAUUAUAAUUUAUUUUAAAAAAAUAAUAAAUGAUAGGAUUUGAGUCCUGAUUUUUUGUGAGGACCUAGGAGACACUAUUUUGAGAUAAGUUUUGAAAAUAUUAGAAAAAUCGGACGAGUAUGUUAGGAGUUAUAGUCAUUGCAAAAUUAAGAUACGCCCAAAGCUCGGAAGGAAAAUUUUAAUUGAGAUUUGUGGAUUAAAUAUUCAAAAAAAAGGAAAAAUUAUAAGAAACAUUUUUCAUAGGAGGUUCGAUUGUCUGCAAAAAAAAUUCUUAUAAAUUUUUUUCUAUCUCUAACCAUUCAGCUAAAAUAUCUAUUUUUUCUGUACUUCAACAUAUAUUUUUUCCAUGUGGAUAAAAAAAUGAACAAAGUGACUUUUUCUUUAAAACUAAACUUGUUAAUUUAUUGCCACAUAAAUAAACCCUUUGAAUUAUAAUGCUCUCCUUAUUCUCUCAACUUAUAAUUGCAACUUUUACGAGCGACCUAACAAAACUUUUAAAUAACUUCUACAUACAACUUGCGUCUCCAUUCGAAUAUAAAAUAAUAAAUUCAUAAUUAUUAUUAUUAUUUUUUUUUCUGUUCUGAGUCAACAUUCUUAUCAUUUCUUCAUUUAUUUUUAUUGAUAACUUAUUUGAAUAAUUGAAUAAAAUUAUCCACACGUUCUGAUCCUGUUUUACAGAAUGACUAGAAUAAUUUACUUCAAUAACUAAUUAAUAAAUAAUUAAUUACCCACUAGUUAUUAUUGAGCGUGUGCGUUAAAUGUUUGUUAUAUGCAAAAAAUUUUUUUUUUAUCUUUUAUACUAGCGAAAAUAUCAUUAUUAUUAUUAUAUUUUUCUUUUUUUUUUUUUUACCACGAUCAAUUCCAUCUUAGUGGCUAGUGUUUAUAAUAAUUAAUUACUUUGUUUUUUAUAGCUAUUUUUAGUUACUAAAUUAGCCCAUAUCGCGUUAUCAAUUUUGUAAGCAUUAGAAAAAUUUAGCGUGGUGCUUGAUAGUGACCGGGGGAUGCUGAUUUUUU